GCAGCGCUGAAUCGGGCGGAGCUGUGACUGUGAAGCCGCACCCAGAGAGGAAAGAGAGGAAAAAGGGCAGGAGGGAGGAGAAAUUGCCCCCCGAUAGAGGAGAGAGAGAGGGCAAGGGAGCUGCUGCGAGGCAAGAGAGCAUCGAAACGAGGGAGGAACGGAGGAAAAAGGGGCAACGCGGACGCGCUGCGGUGGAGAAAAAAACGGCGAAACCUCCGUCCGUCACAAUAACAAGCGGCGCAGAGUGGGUGAGAGACAUUGACAGAGAGGUAGAGAGAGAGAGGAGCUGCUGCUGCUCUGCUCCACUCACACAUCACAUCAGGAUGAUCGCCCUGUUCAACAAGCUGCUGGACUGGUUUAAGGCUCUCUUCUGGAAGGAGGAGAUGGAGCUGACCCUGGUGGGCCUGCAGUAUUCCGGGAAAACAACGUUUGUCAACGUGAUCGCGUCAGGUCAGUUCAGUGAGGAUAUGAUUCCUACUGUUGGCUUCAACAUGCGGAAGAUCACCAAAGGAAACGUCACUAUCAAGCUGUGGGAUAUUGGUGGUCAGCCCCGAUUCCGCAGUAUGUGGGAGAGGUACUGUAGGGGCGUCAGCGCUAUAGUGUAUAUGGUUGAUGCAGCAGAUCCAGAGAAGAUUGAAGCCUCUAAGAAUGAACUGCACAACUUGUUAGACAAGCCGCAGCUGCAGGGCAUUCCUGUUUUGGUUUUGGGCAAUAAGAGAGACCUGCCGGGGUCACUGGACGAGAAGGAGCUCAUCGAGAGGAUGAACCUGUCGGCCAUUCAGGACAGAGAGAUCUGCUGCUACUCCAUCUCCUGUAAGGAGAAGGACAACAUCGAUAUCACACUACAGUGGCUGAUCCAGCACUCCAGAAUCAGGCGGAGCUGAGAGGAGAGCGGCUGAUUGGAGGAACAGAACCAUGACAUCACCUGUAUGCCACGCCCCCUCGGUUUUAUUCUAGAAAUGCCCAGCCCCGCCCUCCCUCUGCCUUCCUAGCCCCGCCCCUCUAGCCCCGCCCCCAAACCCAGGUUUCGUUCUUGUAAAAUAUUAUUAUAAAUAUGAUUUGCACUGUUUAACGUUGUUUGUUUUUUUUUUUUGUUUUGUUUUUUAAAAACUUGUAUGCAUUUUUUAUAAUACAUAAUCCGAACUGGACAGAUUUGAUACACUUAUCAAAUAAUAGACGUUGUUUUUUUGUUUACGUUUGCCGUCCUGUGUGUGUGUGUGUGUGUGUGUGUGUUUCCGCCUGUAGCUUCAGUCAGAGAUCCAGAAGUGUUCAGCGGUUCUGCUCCAGAUUAAGGCUGCGAUCAUUUAUCGAUCUGUUGAUGAUUAUCGGUAACGGCCGUGAAAUUGAUGAGUGGAAAUGUUUUACCUUCCGUUUCGCGAGGGCGGCGUUCCGUGCUCCGAUCCUGCGCAGUAGAACAGCGCGACUGUGCCACGUAAACAAAUCUUCGGAGCCCCGCUGGCGACAACCUGUGUAAAUAAAAAUAAUAAAUGUGGGAACAAGAUCCUAAUGCUAAUGAUUGCGGCCCACGCCUUACUAUAUGGUGGCCAUGCAUUAGGAUCUCAUUCCUGUGCUUUACUAAGUCGUGGCCACACAUUAUUUUUAUUUAUACAGGAUGUCCGGAGUCUAGAAGUCCAGAGAGGCCAUAAGGUAGAUAGACUUUUUUAGAUUAUUAUCUUGAGAUAACGAGUUAAUUAUCUUGUGAUCUCAGGAUGAUAAAGUUGUUUUCUUGAGAUCACUAGAUAAAUAAUCCAUUAUCUCAACAUAACAAUCCAGAAAAUUAGAACAACAGCUCAUGGCCCCUCCGGACUUCUGCAGUUGAGUCUUACGAGCGUUCCCAUUCAUAUUCCAACAUUCCCAUUCCGACUUCAGAUUCCAGUUGUAUGUAAAUAAGUGCAGUUUUGCAUUUAGCCAAUCAUAUCAUGUAGAACUAUGAACAGUCAAAGAACCGAUCGCAUGCCGGAAUGGUUCUCUGCAUGUUAAAAUGGUUCUUCAGACUGAUAGAGAAGGUGUUGUUCAUGGCUAAAAAAGGGUUCUUUCACACUCUCAGCAAAAA